GGGGAGGGGGCGGGGACGGGCGCCGAGGGAGGGACGAGGGAGAGGGCGCUGCUGGUCGUCACUGCUGGCCCGCACCGACACUCCUCAGUGAACAUGGCGGCCACCGACAAGCAGGACGGAGUCGGGGCUGUGCAGGGAAGGAGGAGCAAGUCGAAAAAGAAGAAGAAGACAAACAAAGCCAAAAAAGACAAGCCUGAUGUUGGGGUGGCAGUGGUUAAUGGGGAGUCUGAGCCCAGCACCAGCAGUAUUGCCAAGGCCGACAUGGUGACCACAGAUGGCGUGAGGGCAGAAGAACAGGUCUUGCAGCAUAGCCCCAUGGGGAUCCCACAGGUGGAGCAGUACAUGAGGAAGAUGCAGCUGCAGGAACAGAAAGAGUUUCUCUUCUGGAACACACAGCCAGUCCCAAAAAUUACUGAAGACAUUGGAGAAGAUGUGAAUGAAGCCAUUGAGGCAGAGAAAGAUAUCUCAGAGAUCAAGCAAGAGCCAUACAAUCUUCCAGACGGCUUCUUCUGGGAUACGUUAGACUUGCAGAACCCUGAGGUGCUGCAGGAUCUCUACCACCUGUUGAAUGAGAACUAUGUGGAGGACGAUGACAACAUGUUCAGAUUUGAUUACAGUCAAGAGUUUCUGAGUUGGGCCCUCAUGCCUCCUGGCUGGAAGCAUCCCUGGCAUGUUGGUGUAAGAAUUUCCAAAAGCAAUAGACUAGUCGGGUUUAUAUCUGCUGUUCCUGCCAAGAUCAGGAUAUACAACCAUCAACAAGAGAUGGUUGAAAUCAACUUUUUGUGUGUGCACAAAAAGUUGAGAUCUAAACGUUUGGCACCAGUCUUAAUUAAGGAAAUCACCAGGAGAGUCAACCUCACAGGUAUCUUUCAGGCAGUGUACACAGCCGGUGUGCUGUUGCCCCGGCCAAUGGCUUCCUGUCGUUACUGGCACCGAUCUCUCAACCCCAGGAAGUUGAUAGAAGUAAAGUUCUCUCAUCUAGGCAAGAACAUGACCAUGCAGCGCACUCUUAAACUCUAUCGUCUACCUUCUGACACAGCCACUAGAGGCUUCAGACGCUUAAAACUCCAGGAUGUAGAUUCCUGUCACCGGCUGUUAGCAAACUAUCUCAAGAGGUUUGACUUAGCGCCGGUGUUCAGCAGAGAACAAUUUGUCCACUGGUUCCUCCCUCAAGACAAGAUCAUUGACAGCUAUGUAGUGGAGACAGGUGGGAAGGUGACAGACUUUGUGAGCUACUACACCCUGCCAUCCACUGUGAUGCACCACCCCACCUACAAGACACUCAAGGCUGCUUACUCCUUCUACAAUGUGUCAUCAUCCACCCCUUGGAAGGUCCUCAUGAAGGAUGCACUCAUCACUGCCAAGAAUGCUGACUAUGAUGUUUUUAAUGCACUUGACCUGAUGGAGAACUCAAAAUUUCUGGAGGAACUGAAGUUUGGACAAGGUGACGGCAACCUACAGUAUUACCUGUACAACUGGAGGUGUCCAAAAAUGUCUCCGGAAAAGGUUGGACUAGUGUUACAAUAAUGCAAUUAGGACCUGCCUCUUCCUAGUUUUCUGCUGGUGGGCUGCAAAGGACCUCAUGGCUGGCAAGUCUGUGAACCAUGGCAGGUCUAGGGUCUUCACCUGACUCAAGACAUAAUGCUUCAUCCCAUUACUCAUAUGUUACAAGGAGCAUCUUUGAAAGUGCAAUUAAAUUCUGACAGAAUAAACAGAAUAAAAUGUAUCAUGUAUAACAGGCACCAACCAUUGAUCAAACCCCCAAUUUCUCCCGGCACAGCAAACCAUGACUGCAAGUGAAGCCAGAAGGGCCAGUCAGGUGGAUGGACGGGUUAUGUGGUGGACUAGGGGGUGGGGAAGGGAGAUGCUGGGAUUCCUUGUGGACUAGAUGGAUGAUGCUAAGUGGCAUAUGCAACUAAUCCACACCAGUCCCUAGGCAGGAGAGGAGUACUGGUAAUCUGUAACAAUAAUAGUAGAUAUAUGUAUAUGAACUGCAUUGUUGGCAGAUGUAAGAAAUUUAUUGCAGUCUAAUAAUAAUAAUAAUUGUGAUUUAAUUAAAGAUGAUUUCCUGAAAUUUAUAAUACUUAGAGUAAUAGUAUGGAUAUAGUAACCAAAUCCAAGUCUAGAACUGUGAUUUGACAAAAAGACUUAUUAUUCAGUGUUCAUACUAAGUUUAUAUAUUAUUAAAAGGGCAAUUUAAAGGAAAUAUACUACAUGCACAUCACUCAAUACCUCAGUGGUCUGACCCUAGAGUGCAUACAAGUGUCAGACACUCCACAGGGACAACACUCCCUUUGCAUCUGAUGGUGUAUGUAGUGUACCCCUGGUUGGGUAGGGAUGGCAGGACAGGACCUUGUAUAUAUCACCCACAACACUGGAGUGUUCAGACCCUACUCACAUGUAUACUGAUAUGAUCAUGCAUUUAAUAUUUCUAGAUAAGCUCCAGAUUUUUAAGAGUGAUAUUAAAUUAAAGAUGCAUUUUCUUUUAAAUUAUCUAAAUCCUCACAGACUGAAUUUGACAGUAACCUGGAUGUCGAGACAUUACAGCAGUGUCAGCAUAAUAGUCAGGCUCUGUUGGCACAGCUGGAAGGUGGGGGAGGAGCAGCAGUGACACUAGAAGGUACUAAGAAAGCCCUAGGUAUGUCACUUUUGUUGAUAAAGAUGUGCCUUUAUUUUGAGACAUUACAUCCUUCAUACUAGUAAAAUGUGUGCCCUCUUAAGAAAUUUCUCUCCAACAUUAAAUUCUUUUAUUCAACAUUCAUUGCCAUCCUCCCCAGUCCUGGCUGCUUGUCUUCUGGGUGCUGAGUUCCCAUUUUCAUAUGCACAUUUUACAGCAAGUGUUCUGUAUAUUUUGUAUGUAUAUUAAUGGUGAUAAUCUUGGAAGUUUAAUUUGAAAGCUUCAGGAGUCAUUUAUGCACGAGUGUAUGUGGAAUUUGUUGAUAUUUGCUUUUAUGUUUACUGGAGAAGUCUUACCUUAACUUGUGGAGUCACUUUCGCUAAGAUGGCAAUGACUGGAGAGACAGUCAGGGGAUCUAAGCUGGCAUGCUCAAAGGCCAUGUAUCCCAAGAGACGCAAAGUAAACACAGUCAAACAGUGUCGUAAAUCUGGGAUAAGAGAAGGGAACAAACCUCUCUCUCAUCCAUCAUGCAAAUCCUGAGCACUGCCAUAGGCUGAGGGAUAAAGUGUUAGGUCUGUGCUCAUCUCCAAACCUCUUGCAUUACACUUUGACUUUCCCACUCCCUAGAGAUGCUCCCCCUGCUUGUUGAAACUGCACUUUAAGAAACUGUGUUGUCUUUCUGGUAGAGUUGCUGCUUUUUCCCCCAUUUAUUUUAUCUUUUUAUAUAUUUUCCUUUGCUGCAUAGACUGAAAAAAAAUGUGUGCUGCACAGAGGGAUGACAGACCUGUACAGAUGGCUACCUUAUUGGCUCCCUUUGUUGCUGAAGCACUUUGGAGACAAAACAAAAAUACACUGUUAGAGUAGGCAUGGGCAAUAUAUAAAGAUUUUUCAUCUCCAUUACAUUGUUCAGUCUUCAGAUGUGUUCUAAACUCAUGUUCAGUGUGUGUGCAUGUGUGUGUGAAGGGUGAAAAUGUUGGCAAGCUAAAGCAGACAGCGAUUAGGAAAAAACACUGUGGUCACAAACGAUGAACAGCAUAAGAGGCUUUGAGUUGCAAUUAAUCAAGUGAUUAGAAGAGGUAGAUAGGCUAAUUUGAAAGGAUGGCCAAGAGCAACUGGAUGAAAAAUCAAGAUACAAAAGAGUCGGUGAAGUUUUUUGCUGGUAAAGUGAAGAAACCACAGAAUUAUGUGAGGCAGAAAAACCUAAGUGAAGCCGUUUGAGACCAGAAUAAUUAGAACACUCCUAUUUGGUGAGAAGCCCACAAAUGCAAGUGUGUGUGUGAGUGAGCAUAUCUGAGUGUGCAUGACUAAUUCCCAGGAAGUACUCAACUAUGUGCAGAAUGAGCAUACAGGUCAUCCUCAGUGUGGUAAGUUGACUCUAAGUUUUACAAUAGCAGCACAAGAGAUGCUUGGCUUAAAAUGUAUUAGUACAGUGUGUUAUCUUUCAAAACCUUAUUACUUAUUACAUCUUGCAACACUGCAACAAGGGGAGGAUCUCAUUACAGUAAUGAGAUUAAUUUUCAAGCAGUCUUUUAUACUCAUGAAUAAUGAAGUUUAUUAAAAAUAUUUGUUCCCAA